UAUUAAAUGGAGUUGGAAGUUUACGGUACCAAAUACCAACUUCAUAUGGGCUCAACAAAAAACGCUGGGUGAUUCAGACAGUUCCCACGCCACUGUUCGGUUCGAUUGCUGUUAUUUUAACUGCAAACGGUCAACAUUCCGAAAGGAUUUGAGUACAAGCCUUCGGCGAAGAGUUGUAAAUUCAUUUGGUGACUUUAUACCAAGAUGUUUAUUUCCGCGUUAACGUUCACAGUGCUUUGGGUCGUUGCUCUGGCAACAGCCCAAACAACACCCACUUCCACGAUGUCAGAACCGCCAAUGGAUGAAUGGUACCCCUUCAAGAACCCAGGAGAGAUCCUUCCAGAUGGGGCACUGACGAUACCUUACAUCCUGGACGUUGUAGGUGGGUUCUGGACACAGUAUCGUCUGAUAGACUCCUACGUAUACCUCUGUUCUGAAGUGCUUCCAGAGUUGGCCCAGAGAAUCCCGGAAAUAGGCAAUAUGAGUGGCAUGUGGGAACCGGUUUGUGAGGAGGUCAUCUCUUCUAGGGACAACGAGGAUGGAUUCAAUGCCACAGAGUUCUGCAAUGCUCUUGUUGCUUUGGGAAUGGACGUGCUAACAGGAGAAUCCAACAUGACCGCUUGGAAUGGCUCUGGAGAUAUGUCGGGCAUGCCAGGCAUGCCCGGAAUGGGCAUGAUGAACAUGACAUUAGGAGACACCAUGAUGCCUGGCCUUGGUGGGAACCCCGAGGAUCUAUCAAUGCUGUUCUCACCCCUGCUUGAAUCAGCUGCCAGCGUUGCCCAGGAGCUCUAUGGAAUCGAUAUAAACGAUCCUAUGACAAUAUGCCCUCUAGCUCACCACUUCCUAGAGCCAUCUUUGCCGAAAUUGAUCUACGAUUUCGAGACGAAGAUGUUGAGCACUAUGUUGACUUCGGGAGAAUUUGGGUGUGAUAUUGUGGAUGAGAUCCUAGGAGAUGUAGGGAUUAAUUCCACCUCACCUCUAUAUCCGAUUGCCCAGGAGAUUGAAGCGCUUGUUUAUGAAGCCAUGGGAUUCGAUAGCAAGCAGGAGCUUUGUGAUGAAAUCACCGAAGCAUUGACGAAUUCAGAAGCUGAAGACCUGGCAACAGAAAUCGUUAACCACCUCUUUUUCAUCCUAACCGACGAGGAUGCGUGUGGGACUAUAGCCCAUGGCGUCGUAGACAUCAUCAAUGACGUCAUAAUGAUGAUGACCCCAAUUGAUAACUCGACGGACACUCCGUGGAUGAUAACCGAUGACGUCAUCUACCAGUAUACCGGAUUCAUGAGCAUCGAUGAGAUGUGUGAAACUGUCGAUAAGACCUUCUCUGGAUGCCCCUCAAAAGGUUUCGACCGAGAUGCGUGUAACGUUUGCUCCAUGUCAACGGAAGAUGGCGCCCCAUCAUUCCUCUCAUCCGGUCACAGAGACUGCGACAUGAAGUGUCCCUUAGAUAUGGACUCCGGAGCCAUGAACAACGAAUGUGGCUACUGCGUCCUUGGUGGUACAGGGCUAGAUAUGAAUGAAGGUUUGAAUGAAUGCAACGAAUGCGGAGAAGACACGUCAUGCAUAGGAUGUGACGGAGAGCCAAACAGUGGUGCUGUUUUUGACAACUGUGAUAUAUGUGCGGGGAAUCAUACUGACUGCAUGAUCGUUGUGACCAUAAAGCCGUCAGCUGUACCUGAAAACAUGGAUUACAACAUAACGGUGCAUGGAGCCGGGUUUCACCAGGAUCCGACACCCGUCUGUCUAUACACCCGGGUAUCCGACUCCGAGGAAUUCAAUGCAACCAUGAAGGUUAUGGACCCAUCGAUGGGAUACUGUCGGGCUAACUUAGAGCCUGGUUCAUACUCCUUCACUGUGUUGUUCGAUACUACGCCUGUAAUGCAUGGGGAUAACCUGAAAGUAUUCACACCAAUCACAGUUGAUAACGUUUCUGAGGAUGUUUUUCUUCUCGGCUCGACGCCAAACUAUGUACUAAGAUUCACUGCUGCGGAUGAAUUGGAUUUCACCCAGGCCAAAGAAUUUGAUCUCGAUCCUUAUCUUGUCUUUCUGUACGGUGAUGAAGAUAUGGCACCUGCAAUGGGAUUCUUUGAAGGUGACACGACUUUGACCUUUGACCUUGAAGCCCCAUCUGAAUCUGUCCAGGUCAUGGUUGCUCCAUCGUUCAAUGGGAUUGACCUACUGCCUACCACCGGGUCCGGAUACUACGCCAUAACUUUUUACGAUCCCCCUCCUCAGCUUGACAUGGCUACACUUUCUUUCAAACCAACAGGAAACGUCCUCAUUCUCGAGUUUCCCACGGAAGUCUCAAUCAAAGACAACAUCCUACCCGACUGCGAUGCCAUCUUCGUAGCGACGAUCGAAGCUGAAGAAGGCGGCGAAAAUGGCGCGAUGCCCACUGACAUGGCUGAGAGCAGAAACCUUCUAGGAGAGGGAAGCCGAUGCUACCUGACCAGGAACCAUGAGAUGCUGGAGAUCAUGCUUGGUCAAGGAGACAAUCUCAUCGAACCAGGUGAGACUCUCACCGUACGUGAGGGCGUCAUAUACGGCAUCGGCGAGUACCCGAGCGCAGCGGAGGAGACCGACAUCACCGUAUCAGAGGGGAUUUCUACUCUAGUGGGCGUGGUUCUUCGUGGUGCCAGUACGGUCAGUAGCUGCGGGAAUGUCUGUAUAUCUGCCCGGGAAACCAUUGGCGGUGCUAGCCGGAGCUUCACGUACAUGUGGACGGUUAGUCCAGCAGAUAGUGAUAAUCUAACCGAGGCCGUAAAUGGCAUAACUACUUCUGAGCUGGACAUUGACAGCCAUCUACUGGCCGAGGAUGUGGUCUAUACUUUCACUGCCUUCGCCACCAAUUUCUUGGGUGGAACUGGUGUCGGGACUCUUGAUGUGGUCCGUACUCCCGAAAUGGUCCCGGACAUAACGAUCGUACCAAGUGCCAUUACACCAAGGAGGGUCAUGCUGUCAGAAAGCUUCUAUCUUCACGCCCAAGUCACAUUUUACUCCGACUGCGAGGGAGCCGAACCGACAGAAACAGAUUAUACGUGGUCAACGGAUCAUAAUGACGUCAUAUUAGAUGAGACAACAAAAAACUCCCGGUCCCUCUACGUACCAGCUUUCUCUCUUCCAGCUGACACUUCCAUCACCUUCACUGUGGCAAUUCAAGGCGCAAAUGGCACUGCCGGUCCGAAUAGUGACGUCACAAUUACAACGCAUUCGUCCGAUCCCGUGGCGGUGAUCGUCGGUGGUCGGGAGAGGAAUAUCGGUAUCGGCAGUGGGCUGGUGGUGCUGGACGGCUCCGCAUCACGUGACCCAGAUCGCAGUGGUAACGAUCAUUUAGAGUUCACAUGGAGAUGUGUUCAGAUUCCAGAGAACAUCCUCUGUGUAUCAAACGAGGACGGGUCGUUCUUUCCUGCUCCCGAGCAGGUAGAAUCACCUUCUAUCUCGUUCAAUGCAUCUCAUAUGGCCGCUGGGAAGACAUAUGAGUUCACGCUCAUGGUCUCCACCAUGUACAAGGAGAGUCCUGGGACCAGUGUCUUUGUGUAUGCUAUGCCAGGCAACCCUCCUCAGGUCCUGGUAUCUAGACCUGGGGAUGGUCCUGUCCUUGCAACCAAACCUCUAGCCUUGACGGCCCACGUUAUCCACACUGGACCUGUAGAUAUCACAUGGAGCAUCAUCGGUGAAAUUGUCGCAAUGGAUGACACGGACUUCACAGAGAAUGCAAACAACAGAGUUCUUGAUGGGUCAACCUGGUCUGUGGUCCACAUCGAGUCAGAUGUUCUGCGACCAGGAGAAAAGUAUGUCAUUGUAGUCACGGCAACUGAUGAACUUGAUCAGAGCGCUUCUAGCCAGAUGGAACUGGUUGUAGCCAGUGGUGUCUCGUCUUGCCAACUCCAUCUUGAAACGGGAUAUAAUUACACAGAGCUUGAGGAGAUCUCAUUUACAGUUGACCAUUGUGUGGCUGAUGAUGGUGCCUAUCCUCUGUCCUAUCAACUGCUAGCUGCUGAUGAAGAUGGCAAUGAAAGGUCAUUGACCCCUGCAGGAGUUCUGCCCGUCAUAGACAUAGUGGGGCCACCAGCGCAUGGGCAGCACACCAGCACAACGUUCGUCGCCAAUGUGUGUAACUCGCACGGUAGCUGUACCUGUUUUAGUCUGGAUGUAUCUGUCGAGAUGAAAACAGAUCUAGAUUCAGAGUCUGUGAAGGAUAUCAUAGUUUCCCAAGAAACCUUUAAAGGUAAUUACCUGAAGGCCUUCACCAAUCUCAACGCAUUGAUUUACGUCGAAGACCGACUAGAUUCGGACAUGUCGCAAGGAAAUCGGCGUCGUCGUCGAGCUACCGAUACCAGUCCUCGUGCUACUGAUCAAUUGAUGCUACUUCAUAAUGCUAUAACAACAACAGUUCUUGAUAAGUCAAUGGCUAGCACCCUGAUUGAUGCUUGUGAAGCCAUCCCCGUCCAUCAGUUAUCGCCAGAUGAUACAGAAAAUUUCUUGUGGAAGCUACAAGCUUUGGUUUCGGUAUUUGGUUGCGAUGAUGAGAUCCCUCCAUACAGCGCAUCAGUCGUGUUGUCAAUUGUCAAGCAGAUUAUGUCUAUGACGGAUAAAGAAGAAACAAUCAAGAAGUGCAGGAAAUUAACGAUGAGUUUGACCAAAGCGAACUUUGGAGGACUUACCUUUGGAGGUGCCCCUGCAGAAACAUCUUCAUCCGCAGUUAUGUCUACCGUCUACUAUGAUAUCCCACAGGGACAAUUCUCGACAAAGACGGGAGAGGGCGCUUUCUACGUUGAUUUUGGAAGCGACAUAGCUGACAUGUACGGAGGCUACUGGAACUGUUGGAGAGGAUUAUGCACUGGGGUUAAUAUUCAAUUUGAUCACUAUUCUCAAAACAUCGAUCCUUAUUCCUCAGAAGAUGAUGACAGUGAUAACAGGGCCUCCGCCAUCUUGAAAAUUGCCCUCUAUGACCCAUCGAGUUGUGAAGAACUUAUGGUAGACUCCUUGAGUGAGCCGAUACAUAUCAACAUGUCGGUGACAGGAGUCAAGAGAAACCACCGAUUGAAAUGCCAUAUCUGGGACGAGGAUGUGGAAGAAUGGACCGAUGAGGGCGUAGAGACGGAGAAGCUUGAUCACGUGAAGGUUGAGUGUAUGGUCCCACGUACCGGCACCUGUGUUGUCCUCGCUAUACCUCGUGGAGGGGCCAGCACCGUCGUGAUCAUCCUCGUGAGCAUCAUCGGGGUCUUGCUCGCCCUAACCCUCAUCGUCGCCCUCGUCAUCUUCAUCAUGAAGAAGAGGAAGAAGGCCAAAGGAGAGGGCAAUGUCGCCACCAACGACAGAAGUUCGGCAGUGGCAACGGCCAUGACGUCAGAUGGUAAACAAAUGGACGGUUCCCAGGAGGCUUCAACAGAGUAUGCGUAUGAUUUCAACAUGCAGAACAUGGCCGCGUCAAAGGUCAAUUGCUAAAGAGUGAUUUCAUCUUUGAGGAUACGCUUCUUCAUCUGUGAAUCAACAUUGCUUUUAUUUAUUCAUUAAAGCAGAAUGAAACUCUUGGAGCAAGUUAGCUUUUGUGAAAGCAGAAAAAUCAAAGAAUAAGAUCAACAAAAGUUUGAGUAAAAUAGGACUAGCAAAAGAAGAGUUAUGAGCAUUUGAAUGUCGAGAUCACUAAUGCUAUGGAGAUCCUCCCAUUGGCAAUGCGACCAAGAUCUAUGAUGUCACAGAUGAACAACUUUCCCCAUUUGGACACUGAAAAUAUACCCCAAAACAUCUCUUUUUGCUCAUUCUAAUCAUAUGACAAACGAUUCAUCAAUGAUAUAUUGUUGUGAAACCUCUGUACUUGUCCUCUCAUAAAGAGAACACCUCACCUUGUGAUAGACUCUAUAAAAGUGAGAAUAUAAGUGAAAUAAGUACUAAAGUAAUGAGGGAGUUGUACGUGUGUGACAUCACAGAUCUUGGUCGCAUUGCCAAUCGGAGGAUCUACAUGGCAUUAAUGAUCUCAAUAUUCAAAUGCUCAUAACUUUCUUAUUAUUCAUUCAAUCUUCCUCAAACUUUCAACAAUAUGUUUGUUUGAUUUUUCUCUUUGAUAUGGAUUCAGCUGGUUUUAAGGGUUUCAUUCUCCUUUAAUAUCACAGUAUUCUAUAUUUCAUUAUCUUAAUGAAUAUUGAGGGAGGGAGGGAAUGAUUCCCUGCAUCAAUAGUUAUGGAUAAUAGAGUAUUGACGAUAUUGUACAUAGUGUGAUUAUAACAAUCAUUAAAUAUUUCAAAUUAUGAAAUGCGCAUCUGAAAAGAAAACUAGAUAGAAUGCGUACUCUAAAUGCUAUAUAUUAUUUAUAUCAAAAUAUUUCUUAGUUUUAGUCAUUUCUUUACAUCGGAAAAGUGCAAUAUAUGUAAAGUAAUUAUAUAAAUAUGGUCCAUGCAUUAACGUAAUCUGUCAUUAUGCGUAGUGUGUGAACGGAAACUCAAAUUUAGUUUAUUUCAAAUAUGUAGUCGGCGACAGGAAUGUGUAAAUAUUACGUACUGUAGGCCGACACCUCUCAUCAUUACAAUUGCUUUUAAUAUAAUGCGAUUUUCCCAUUAGGCCCAAAUCGCGCAUGAUUAAGUAAUUUAAUGUAAUUAUGUAGAAAGGUUUGCCGGAACACUCGAUUGUGAAUCUUGUCCUGCCAUUAUGUACUUAAAAUGAUGUAGAGCAAUGGACUUUAAAAGAGUAUGCAUUUUUUUAAUAUUUUAAAAAUAUGUAUAUUUUAGUGCAGUCUUUAUGUGCAAUCGCCAAUAUAUAAACGUAGGCGACGGGGCGUCGGGUUCUGUCUGUAGGGCGGUGGUCGCAACACUAUUUGCCACUGCGUCCUAUAUGACUAUCCCGAGGUCUCGCCGCCCCCUAACCUGUCUUUUCUUCUUUUUUUCAUUGUGGGGAAAUUGUUAUAUGUGUAAUUUUUUGUUAUAUUGUUUAUUUGUAUUCAUCAUUUAUAACAUUGGUCCUGUACUUUGUCCUAAAAACAAGUAACCUGGACUUAUUUUAAUUGUACUUGUCAUAUCGAAUAAACGUAAUAGGAAAACACAUUUUAUUACUUAGACAAUAUUGCACAAUCUAAUGACAGAUUACGUUUAUAGCAUUAAACAUCUAUAAUGAAUAUUUUUAACGAAGUUGAAUAUUUAUUUAUUUUUAAAUGCAAUUCGGUGAUGGGAUUGUGUAAAUAAUAUGCGUAAAUAUAACUGAAAUAUAAAAAUAGAUAUCUAUAACGACGCGCAAUUCUAGCUUUAGUACGCGUUUACCAAACAUCUGUCUACUUUUGCAGUGCCUUAAAAAUAUCUUAACAUUUUCUUUUUCAAGACUCACUAUCAUUUUAAAGCUAACUUUGUGCAAAUUUUUCAUUUCAUGUCUCGCAACCAAUUGUAAACCAUUAAAAAUCGCUCAUACCGUUUUGCCUUUCUUAUCAAGAGUCUUCCAAAAUUAUGGUGAUUCAGCCCUUUAAUUCCUUAUUCGUAGGUUUGGUCACAUCCCCUGAGGUGAAUUGUUACAACGUGAAGGAUAUGAUAUGAACAUGAAUUUCCUUGGAUAAAUCUUGCGAUUUAAGAGGACAAAAUUUCGGGUGCACGAUCCAAAAUAAGAAAUGACUGGGCGUCAUAAUAAAUGAUCAUGUGUUAUUCAGGGAACGGUGGGAGAACUGUUUUUUCAGAACUGAAGUGGCAACCCCGGCAAACAUGCGACGUUAUUAUUAUUGUUUAUUAUUAUUAUUAUAAUUAUAUCCUAUUUGAUAUUAAACCACUUCCCAGGCAUGGGAUGCCUAUAGAACAAUGUCAAGAUACAUUCUUCGUCUGUAACUUUCUGAUAUCAAAUAAUGCUUACUAUGUGAUAUAAUGUGAGUUUUCAAAUGACUAUCUGUUUUUAGAAAAAAAACGUCAUCGUCACCAAAAGAGGAAGCUCGAUCAUUAAUCCAUUUUUUUUUCUGAAUUCAAAUGACAACAAAGAUUAACGCUUGAAAAAAAAUAAUCGAUGGCCAUUAGAAUAUCAGACAAUACUCCAGAAUAGGUCUCUAAUUUACAUGACUGACCCUUUGCCAAAAAAAUAGACGAGCGUUAAAUCAAUGAAAUGUACCGACUUGUAUAGGCAUAAAUUGGUUUAAGUUGCUACCAUGGUAAUGAAUGGAACCGCGUAUUGAGUGCAGAAUUACUCGACCACUGGAAGCGAUUUCCAAGGCCGACAUCACAUGAAUUUUUUGUU